AUGAUGCAAGCCAAGAAGUUCAAGUACGACGUCAUCGGACUGACCGAGGCGAGACGACGUCACCCUCUCAACGCCGUAUAUGAAACUGGAGAAGAACUGUUCUUAGGAACAUGCGACAGUAGAGGUGUUGGUGGAGUUGGCGUCCUCGUCAACACGAGUACGGCAAAGAACAUCGACUCUUUUGAACAACUUACGACCCGAAUCGGACGUCUGCGGAUGAGAAGAUGUGGUUCAACACACUUUGACAAUUUCGUCGCUUACGCUCCAAAAUCAAGCUACGAAGAAGAAGAAGUCGAAGCUUUAUAUACGGACCUGGAGAAGUUCUACUGA